UGUACGGAAUCUUUGCGCCAAACGAGUUCCCCUGACAGCAUGAGACAACACACACAAAAGCGCAUGCACGGAGUGAGCUCAGUCUGUUAUGGUGGCGGCUGCAAAAGUUGACUAAAUGAUGGAUCAUCAGCAUGCGCUGUUGUUAUCUGACCUUUGCCACAAGUACGGGCAGGUACAGCUCGCUCUUUUUCGGGAUUUUCUUGCAUGGGAGGACAUUAGGAAGAACUGGAGGAGAAGUUCUGGCAGCACUUCCCCAACAGCUCACGGCCAUGCCGUUCACACGUCUGAAAUCGUGGCCGUGCACAAGACGGACACCGGCGAGCAGACAAGGACAACAAAGCACCUACAGCUCAACCCACACGCGUUCACAGUUUUCUACGUGAGGAGGACGACGCAGUAUCGGUGGCGAUGCGACGACAUCACCUUUUAUUGUGACAAUCCGGGACUGUGCCAGCACUGGAUUCAGACGAUUAACGAUCAACUGGCAACGCAGGCCAAUCGGCCCAAGAGCCUGCUGGUGUACAUCAAUCCCUACGGCGGGAAGCGGGACGGGAAGCACAUUUACGAUCAGAAGGUGGCGCCGCUGUUUUGCCGAGCCGGCAUCGCCACGGAUGUGAUCGUGACGGAGCGGGCCAAUCACGCCAGAGAUCACUUGAAAACGGAAGCAAAUCUGGAUCGGUACGAUGGAGUGGUGUCCGUGGGCGGAGACGGGAUGUUCAACGAGAUCCUGCACGGCUUGGUCGCCAGGACCCAGAGGGAGCACGGCAUCGACGCCAACCGACCCGACGCCCAUUUGGCGCCAUGUUCCCUCCGCAUCGGGAUCAUCCCUGCGGGCUCCACUGAUUGCAUCUGCUUUGCUACAGUGGGAACCAACGAUCCGGUUACGUCCGCCUUGCACAUCAUUGUCGGUGACUCCCAACCCAUGGACGUGUCCUCAGUGCACCACAAGGACACAUUCCUCCGAUAUUCCGUUUCGUUGCUGGGCUACGGCUUCUACGCCGACAUUCAGACCGACAGCGAGAGGCAGCGAUGGCUGGGCCCCGCUCGAUAUGACCUGUCGGGGGUAAAGACCUUUCUGAGUCACAACUAUUAUGAAGGCACCGUCUCGUUCGUCGCGGCUGACGACAACGUGGGCGACCCUCGGGACAAGGAGCAGUGUCGCGCCGGGUGCAGCGUCUGCCAGCGCAAGACCUCGUUACGGGAGCCGCGCCAUGACGACCCGUCGCACGCGGUCAAUGAGACUUGGAGCGAGAUACACGGGAAAUUCAUCGCCAUCAACGCCGCCAACAUGAGCUGCGCGUGCCCCCGCAGUCCGCAGGGCCUGUCGCCCGCCGCCCACUUGGCCGACGGCACCGCCGACCUCAUCCUGGUGCGCAAAUGCUCCCGUUUGGACUUUUUCAAGCACCUCCUCCGCCACACCAACAAGGAAGACCAGUUUGACCACUCCUUCGUGGAGGUCCACCGGGUGCGCAAGUUCCGCUUCCAGCCCCGCCACGAUGACCCGGUGUCGCCGGAGGACCUGAGCGGGCCCCAGAAGGAAGCGGACCAGGGUCCCGUUUGCUCCCGAGUCACCGGGUGCCACUACGGCAACUGCGGCUGCAGCCACUGGACGUGCGACGGCGAGAUCCUGCCUCACGUUGCCAUCCAAGUCAGUGUCCAGUGCCAGCUGAUCAGAGUGUUUGCCCGGGGCAUCGAGGAGAAGAACCACCACCAGAGUCCGGUGUGGCUUCUGGAAGCGGCAACGCACCAAUCUGCCGGCUGAAAGCAGGCAUUUUGGCGGGCUCGCUCUUCUGUGGUCCAGGAGCCACAAGAGAUGAUGAAUCCGAAGAAGAAGAAAAAAAACCCCAGACCAGAUCAAUUCGAAAGACUCAUUUCUGUUCCUUUGAUGAAGACAGAUGUGAUUCAGAGGGCAAGUCUUGAAAAGAGCCCAUCUGAUCAACUAACAGGGCCCCCCAAUGACGUCUUCGGGAUAAUAAGGCAAAGUGGUUGCUAAGUGGCGCGGUGCGUCUCGGCACCGCUGCGACGCACCUGCGGCUCCACCGCGGCGAAAAAGCGAACCGCUCGCGAGCUCGACUGAAAUGAGCCCGAAUGAGAUUAUUUUGUUGCCCUCAUUAGAGACCUCCGGAUGUCAAGCCGGUCUUGAUGUAAGGUCACAGUAGAUUUGUGACUAUUUUUUGAAGAUUAUUUAUGACAUGGGUAUCUUCGUGUCACGUGACCGUCAACUCGUCUACGGACAAAACAAACCAAAAAAAAUUUUUAAAUAAACUGUUCUCCAAUCAA